AUGCCUUCUGGUAGUAGAUCGUGUUAUAUGAAUCCUAUUGCUCUUGCUCUGAUUCCUCUGAGUGAAUUCUCUGACGCUGCUGUGAUGAAGAAGUAUGGAGUGAAGCCAGAUGCUGAAACCCUUGACAUCGCUAACACAGCCGCUAGGAUGAAAUCGAUAAUAGUAGUGAUGAAGAUAUAUUGGGGAGACCCUCGUGAGAAGAUAUGUGAAGCAGUUGAACAUAUUCCUCUCUCAAGCCUUGUCAUUGGUAACCGAGGCCUUGGUGGCCUUAAGAGGAUGAUAAUGGGAAGCGUAAGCAACCAUGUUGUGAACAGCGUGACAUGCCCUGUGACCGUCGUGAAGUCUCACAACUGA